AUGUCCCUCCCUGAGCGCGAUGCCCUCGCCAAGCGCGAAUCCGGCGUGACAGACCAGUCGCCCAUGCGUCUUCGCAUGGAGAAGUUUAUCAAGGAACAACAGCAGGAGAUUAUCAAGGGCCUGGGCGAGGUCGACGGCUGCAGGUUCCAGCAGGACGAGUGGCAGCGAAAGGAGGGCGGCGGCGGCAUCACAUGCAUCCUCCAGGACGGCAAUGUCUUCGAGAAGGCCGGCGUCGGUGUCUCGGUCGUCUACGGCGCCCUCCCCAAGGGUGCCAUCGAAAAGAUGCGCGCAAACCACAAGAAUAUUGGCGGAGACGGCGAGAUACCGGAGAAGCUGGAGUUCUUCGCCGCAGGGCUGAGCCUGGUCGUCCACCCUCGCAACCCCAUGGCCCCGACAGUGCACCUGAACUACCGAUACUUCGAGACGGCGAACCCUGACGGGAGCUCGAGUUCGUGGUGGUUCGGCGGCGGCGCCGACCUGACGCCGUCUUACCUGUUCGACGAGGACGCCAUCCACUUCCACAAGACGCUCAAGGACGUGUGCGACAAACACAACAAGGACUACUGGCCCAGGUUCAAGAAGUGGUGCGAUGAGUAUUUCUACAACAAGCACCGCGGCGAGUCCCGCGGCGUGGGCGGCAUCUUCUUCGACGAUCUGGACGAGACGGUGGCGGACAAGGAGAACCUGUUUGCCUUCAUCCAGGACGGGCUGCAGAGCUUCCUGCCGGGGUACAUCCCUAUCAUCACCAGGCGCAAGGACAUGCCCUUCACUGAGCAGGAGAAGGAAUGGCAGCAGAUCCGCCGGGGCAAGUACGUCGAGUUCAACCUGGUGCACGACCGGGGGACCGCGUUCGGUCUGAACACACCUGGUGCAAGGGUGGAGAGUAUUCUCAUGAGCUUGCCGCUCACAGCCAGCUGGAAAUACAUGUACACGCCUCCAGGGCCCCGAGAGGAGAGGCUGACACAGAUCUUGAAGGAACCCAAGGAGUGGGUAUGA